AUGGUAGAACGCCUACCAGGAGUAGCUCCCCCAAUCCGAAGGAGAAACCUUGAUUCCUAUGCGGAUACCCAUUUUGCGGAAGAGAUUGCCUCGGUUGAGAUGCGUAGAAAGUUCUCCUUCCUCAGCAUCAAGAUGUGUAACGGUACUGGCGACCCCGACGAUGACAUCGCGCAGUACAAGCAAAGGAUGUUGGCGGUUGCACUCCCUAAGGAAUCCCGCGAGGCCACGAUGUGCAAAGGGUUCAGUUCCACUCUUAUCGGACCCGCCUUGCAAUGGUACAUCAAUCUCCCUACCAGGUUCAUAUCUUCCUUCGCAUGCCUGAGCGACAAAUUCGUGGAGCAAUUCACAAGCAGUAGGAGCCUGGAGAAGACUUCAGAUGGUCUCUACGAGAUCCUCCAGUAUCGAGUGGAACCCCUGCGAGACUACAUAGCCCUCUUCAACCAGGAAAAAGUGGCGGUCCCCGAAUGCAGCAUCCCUACUGCGAUCUCUGCCUUCAAGAGAGGUCUACUUCCAGAUGGGGAGCUAUACAAAGAGCGGACCAUGUAUCCUUGCAAGACCAUGGAAGAUGUGUUGUCCCGAGCCUGGGCGCAAGUGAAGUGGGAGGAAGAUGUUGCUAGCCGUGCCAAGGCUCAGCAAAAUCAGGACCAAAGGUCAGCCCGAUCAGAUCGAGGAUACCGAGAUGAAAGAUCCUCCCAAAGGGGAUCCAAGGACUCUGGUAGUAGAAACAGGGGCAGGUUCCAGUACCAGCCGCAGGAGAAGGAAGAAGGGAUGUCGGUAUCUACCUGGCCCGAUAUCUCCCAUCUCUCAAUAUCAACACCAGAUCUAGUCAACGCACUGAGACAGAUGGGCCAACAGGUGCAAUGGCCUCCAAAGAUGAAAGCACCUGACUCGUUCUGGACUCCAGGACUUUGGUGCGACUUCCAUCGCGAUCAUGGCCACAAAACCGAAGACUGCAUCACCCUAAGGAUCGAGGUCAACGAAUUACUCCAAAAGGGGCAUCUCCGAGAAUUCCUCUCAGAGAAAGCCAAGGCCCGCCUCAGCAAAGAGACAUCAGGGAAAUCUAAAGGAGCUGCACCAGCCUCACCACCUCGCCAAGAUCGGUUGAUCCAUGUCAUAUCUGGAGGCUCAGAAGUAAGCAGAGUGAGCCACGCAGCCGCAAAGAAAAGAACCUGUAACACUAAGCAUGGUCUGGAGACGACCCAACCAAGGCACCUACUUCUAGGCACCGACGAGAUAAGCUUCACAGCUAAGGAGCAAGAGAAGAUCCUAGCUCCCCAACAUGAUGCUCUAGUUAUCUCUCUCACCGUAGCAAACUGCUUGGUGAAUAGAAUACUAGUAGACAACGGCAGCUCCAGCAACAUUAUCUUCCAGACGGCGUACCAAGAUCUAGGGCUGGAGGAGAGCACCCUGACGCGCAAUGUAACCCCACUCAUCGGGUUCAGCGGCGAAGUCAAGCAAACCGCCGGAGAGGUUAUCCUCCCAGUAUACGCUGAAGGGGUCAACAUGUCUACUAAAUUCCUGGUCGUAGAUUGCCAAUCGGCAUAUAACAUGAUCUUGGGACGACCUUAG